ACAAUAAUCAACGAACAUUCGCAGAAAGUGUUUAAGUUUUGUAUUGUUUAUAGCAAUGGAAAAAAAAGCUCAUAAUCAAAUUGAACCGAAUAAACGAUCUAGAUUUAAAACCUGUAAUAAUUUCUAUGCAAGUUGUUUCUUUGUAAUUUUUGCAAUUUUGAUCAUUGAAGUUUGUGAAACUAAUUCAACUAUUCCAAACCCAAACCAACAUGAGAUUCCAAAUUAUAAACGUUUCAUAAGAUCGGAUAUUUGUUAUAAGGAAAAAUCAUGUAAGUUAGUAUGUAAUCAUGAAUCUGACGUUAAUCUUGACGCUGAAAUCAACAAAGGACUUCAAUUAUUAGAUACACCAUGUAGUGUUGAAUUAGAAAUUGAAGGUUUGCAACUACCUGAAAAUAGAAUUCCUGAAAAUUGGUUAAGCAACAUUGCAACAGAAAUAAAAAUAUUGACGAUAAAGUCUUCUCCCAAACUUUUAGAAAUAGCAAAUGGAUCCUUUUCUUCUCCAUAUUUAAAACGAAUUUCAACAUUGAAUAUAAGAAGUUGUGGAGUAAAAAAUUUUUAUAAAGAUAUGUUUAAAGAUUUGUCAGCAUUAACAACGUUUUGGUUGGAAUACGGAUGGAACUCAUUUACUGAAAUUGAAGUUGAAGAUAAUUUUUUAACUCACGUAGAUUCCCUGACUUCGUUACAGUUCACUUACUGUGAAUUAUCAUCUGAUACACUUAGACGUAUAACAAAUAGUAUAAAUCUCUCAAAAUUAAUAAAAAUAGAUUUAGGUGAUAAUAAAGUUAUAGAGUUAGAAGCAAAUGUUUUCGAUAAAGCUCGAAAUCUUGAAGCUUUAUAUUUACGAAAUAAUCAUUUAAAAUCGCUAGAUGUAAAAGUUUUUGAAAGAUUAUCGCGCUUAAAUGUGAUUAGUUUAGAAGGAAACGAUUUAACAACAUUACCCGAAGGUAUUUUUGAUGAUAUAUCUAUAAAAAGUGAUACUAGCAUUAGCUUAAAGGGUAACAGGUUUGAUUGUAAUUGCGACUUAAAAUGGUUACAAACGAUGUAUUUAGAAAACCCUGAGAUAUUUAAAGAUUCACCUCCUGAAUGUGAAGAAGGUUCAUUUACAGAUACGGAUUUUUGUCCUAACGGUGAAGUGUCAUCAACAAAAGGUAUUUCACCAACCCGAAGAAUAAACGAAUGGAUUCCUGGAAAAUAGACAAGUUAACCAGAAACAUAUAAAAGGAGCGAACUUACGUCUUAGUUAUUAUAACAUUAAUUUUAUAUUCUUUAAAACUUAUAAUUAAUCAAUUAAAUACAGAAUUUUGUAAAACCAA